CAGCUGGCUGUAUAUAUGCCGUAAAACCGAGAAUUCGUUUAUGGAUUUUGUGUCGUAGUAGAAUUAUUAAACGGUAUAAACAAUUAUUACACAAAGAAACAUAAAUAAACUCAAGUUCGGAUAAAAAUUUAAUGAAAAAAGUGCAUUUUACAACAUGAUCAAGAAGUAAUGGAUCCAAUUGAUAAUGAAUGGCUUGGAUAUAAAAAUGAUCAUAUAGAGGAGGCACCAAACAUUGGUAAUGUAGCCCGCAGUUGGCAAUGGAGGGAGCAAGGCAUAGAACCAUUUAAUUAUCCCAGCAAUAAAACAGUGCUUGAAAAUGCUGCCGAAGAUAUACUUGUGCAAAAACCUCUUAAAAUUCGGCGCUGUGAACUACCAGGUUACCCAAGAUCCACCUUUCUGAUGGUUUUCAGUCCUGAUGGAACCAAAGUUGCUUCUACUCACGGGAACCAUAACAUAUAUGUGUCGGAGUUGGCAAGCGGCAAACAUGUGCGCAUACUUAAAGGUCACCCGCGAACACCAUGGUGUAUUGCAUUUCAUCCGUCACAUCCUCAAUUGAUUGGCAGCGGAUGUCUCGGAGGUCAAGUCAGAGUUUGGGAUAUCUCUAGUGGUGGUAGUGAAGUAUGGAAUGUGCGAGCUGAGACUGUUAUAGCCUCAAUAGCAUUCCAUCCGAGGGAACAACUGCUCGUGAUAGCCACAUUCAAUGAACUCUAUUUUUGGGACUGGAACAAACCCGCACCUUUUACCAAAGUAACCACUAAUAAUGACAAUGAAAAGAUAAGAUAUGUGGCAUUUGAUGCUUUAGGAUACAAACUGAUAACGGGGAUUUCGCAAUGGGUGGGCGUGGCCGCGCCCACUUCUCUGCCUCCACACGGAUCAACCAGCCCACCGUUGCAAAAUCUUACUCAAUUCAGACGAGGUGAUACAGAUGACUUUAACAGCGGUGCGAAUAACGCUGCAAAUAAUGCAGCAAAUAACGCUGCAAACAAUGCAGCAAAUAACGCUGCAAACAAUGCCGCAAAUAACGCUGCCAACAUUGCAAACAACAAUGCAAAUAUUGCUGUAAACAGUGCAAAUAAUCCUGCAGAUGAUUCUGACGACGAACCUCCAUACAGACGACCGCAAGAUGGUUCUCCGCAAGAGAUGAUAGUGAAUUCUUACCAAAGUUUAGUUCAACGAUACGACAGCUUAGUGAGAAACUACCAAAGAUUGUACAUGGUCAGGCAUCGACUCAGCAGAACACCAUCACCACCCAAUACGAUUGACCGCGGGACAGACCCCAUGGAGACGGACCCCUCGCCCGGCGGACCCACGCGCAUCGCGAGACCCACACCACAAGAUGCAGAUAACUCUGGUCCGAGCACUUCUCGUGCACAAGACGAAGGUGAAAAUGUCGACGUCCCGAGCACUAGCAUUCGUUUCCCAAGUUUUAAUUCUUUGUCAUUGGGAAACAGGUCACCGAGGGAUCAAACUCCGUCUCAGGAAGAACAGUCCUUGUUCGGAUCCGGAUCCUCGGCGUUUCAACCGCUGAGCGAUUUCGGCAGCCGCCCCUUGAAUAGAUCUACUUUUACUAGUCAUUUGUCGAGAAUGUUGAUGAAUCCGUUCUCAUCUACGACCAGCUCCCCCAGAUCUAGCAACGGAGAUUCCCCACAAGAGGAGAACUCCACAAAUUCUUCGCGCACGAGUAUAUUUAUAUCGUCUCGGCCGGAGACUGAAAGAUCUGCGAAUGCGGAUGAGACGCAACGCAGACCUCAGAGAGACUCGUCGCAGCCGUCGGGCUCCAGGAGAGAUCGCAUACCGAUAAUACUCGAAGCGCUGGCAUCUCCUGUCAGCCGCUGGCCGCCUCCGCCGCCUUACAGGAGCCACAGGAGUAGCUCUCAGAGGCCCACCAUGACUAACUCCUCGACACAGAUGAGCCCCGUCUCCAUGCCGAUGGAGGCGCGCACUAUAAACGAGAGUUUAGAUUUAAUUCGUGACAUUCUCCGAGAUUCGGGUACCAGGCUACUGAAUUUGAUCACCAACAUGUCCUUGGCGACGUUGGCUAACAUGGAAAGAAAUAAUCCUCAUAAUCCCCGACGAGGAGGAGACGGCCCCAAUCCGAGCCGAGCUUCCGGAGCGGCCGCCGGAGCGACGUCGGGCGCCCGCAGAGAUCCGCUCUCCUCCUCUUCCGAUUCUGACAGCGAUCAGUCUAUGGAACUAAAUAUAUUCAGAACGCCCAAUUCCAACUUCAGAGAGGAUGAAGAUCUAUCAGACGAUGAGCUGCCCGCCACUUCCAACGACGGCUCUCAACUCCCCACCGACAGGAUGACGUUCGAAUUAAACGUUAACUUGCCCGACGAGACCGGAACGAACGGGAUUAACUUGUCGGCUAGCGGGAGCCGAUUUCAUAUUCGUACUCAUAAGUUCGAAGCCGGCGAAGCGGAACCCAGCACGUCUACCGAAGAUCGGCCCGGCACGUCCGGAACGUCCGGCACGUCCGGAGCGUCCGGAACUCGACCUCCGCCCAAUGUUUUUCGCCAUAACGUGUCAUCCACUAGUCGUGAUACGUCUCGCACGCGCGGUAAUGUCGUUCCUCCUCGUGAAAUUUAUAGGAAGGUAAAAUCCGCCGUGAACGCUCUACAGAGACAUACCCUGAUACUGACUAACUUGUGGUUACACGGUCACCGAAUCACGAUGAACCAGCUGCGCAACAUGUGGGACAACCUGCGCCGGCGCGUGCUGGUGAUGCAGCGGCAGACCGGGCACCAGGAUGUGCCCACCCAGUACACGCGCACCCUGCUCGAGCGCUGCAUGAUACUGACGCAAAUGUCGGAGAAUCUUCGCACUACCGGAACGUUCGCAACCAGGCAAAGGACCGAUAACAGCGAAUCUGCAAAUAGAAAUGAAAAUCGGACCGAAACAACCGGCCAAAGUGGGCAAAGCGACGGCGCGUCCACUCCCAGCGAGCAGGAUCCGCCGCCGCAGAACUAUAGAGCCGCCAGGCAGUCGGCGACUGCGCGAUCCAACCAGAGAAGGUCCUCGCCUUCCCCCCGCUACGCGCCUCAUCUCAGGCAAAGACUCAUGUCUCAUCGCAGGUGGACGGUCGAGGAUGAAGUGAGACGAAGACUCCGGAACCCUACAUUACACCGUCUGACCGAAAGGUACGGAAGCAGACCUCGCAGGGAAUUCGCUAGGGCUCUCGAAAUCAGUGCGACAAAACAUGAAAUCCGUAUGAGAGCCAUGCAGGUUCUCUCGGUGAUGUUCAACAUGAUGAUGAUGUGUCUCGAGGAACGCGGCCUGAGUAAUGUUAUCAUUACUAUGUUAAGAACCUUGAAGAAAGCUUUGGCGCUCACUUGCCUAAUGCUAAUGUCGAACAGACGCAACGCUCGACACCAUGAUAAUCCGGCGCAGCAGGCCGUUCGCAUGGAAGCUCUCAACGUGGUGCGAAUCGAGCACAUCGACCACGCGGGGCCGAUCAACGUCGAUGAAUCUCCUAAUUCCUUGUCCAGCGCCUCCGACGACGAUCAGCUCCAACGGGAUGUUUAUUUAACUUCUCAACUACCCUCGCGCAAAUCCCGUGACGCACAGAGACAGAACUCGAAUUCAUCGAAUAGAAGGAGUGAACAGAUGCAAGAAAACUUACCGGCGUCCUCGGCCGGGAGCUCCUCGAGCACUCAGAAAUGGAGCAAUCGCCUCGCCGUUCAAAUAUCGGCGGCGAACAGGAAUAAUUCGAUCACAGCGAUCAAUCGAAGAAAAAUAUAUUUGGAGCGCAAGCGACAAAAGGCGUUGCACAGAACGAAUCCUUCGGCUCACCCGCUGCAAAAGAAAAAACUUCUUCCGCCUGUCUCCAAUCAUAGAAUUCCCGCUUUGCGCUCUAUGCCGCGGAAACCUAAGAUCAGUUACAAGCUCAAUUCGAGCAGAAACCAAUCGUCGAAUCCCGAGCCGGUCCCGGGCCCCUCCAGCUUAGCUCCGGGGGCCGAGAACACGAGUCAGGAAACGCCCAGAAACGAAUUAUUGAUCGAUUUAGAGAACAGAGUAAAUUUGAUAAGAUUGGCGCACUUACAAACCAUGAGGAUGCGUCAAGCGAGAAGGCACAUGGAAAUGAUACGGGUGUACGCGCCCUCGUCCGUGCGCGACAUCGUCUCUCGGCCGAUCAGCAACAGCGAGAGCCAGCCGCGGGAGCAGCCGGCGCAAGCGAGCGCUGCGGCUCCGGCGCCGGUACCGUCUCCGGCUCCGGCUCCGGCUCCGGUGCCGGCUCCGGCUCCGGCCCCGAUUCCUAUUUCGUUUCCUACUUCGUUUCCGCCCCCGAACUCGGCACCGCCUCCGGCCCCGGACAGCGGGCGGCGCCCAUUCCCCGAGUACCUGCCGCCGCCGCCCUCCUACCGCGGGGACCCCGACGAGCCGAUAUACUUCCACGAACGGUUCCUGCCGAACGGCGGCCCCAUACCCAUAGUGCACUUUCGCGAGCUGCCCUACGACGCCAGCGGCAACCGGCCGCAAAGACUGCCGAGAAUACACGAAUAUCUGCAGCCAAUUAUUCUAGCGCAGAAUGCGAUGUUGGUCGAGGAAGAGGCGAACGUGAUGAACGGCGGGGGAGGGGGCGGGGGCGGUGCAGGUGGGGGAGGGGGCGAGGCGGGCGUGCGGCUGGUGGGCGCACGGCGCAUGGGGGGUUUGGGGGGCAUGGGGGCCAUGGGAGCUAUGGGUGGCAUGGCGGGCCUGCUGGACGCCGGUAUCAUCUCAGAGACGAUGCCGGCGCCCGCGCACCGCGUGCAGGCCUGGGACUUCACCGCCGGCGCCGCGCCGGACAUCGCCGACAGUAACAAAAACGUGGUGGUGCGACGGUGUAGGAUUCACAACGACGCCAGCAUCGACAUAUCGAAGGACGGCAGACUUCUUGUGGCGCUGCUGCCGGUGCCGAGGUUUAGAAACACCAAUCAUUUGCUAGGCGUGUACUCGCUGGAAUGGUCGCGACUGGGUCACUGUCUGCACACGGCGGUGCUGGAACAGAGCCCGGUGUCCGUGGCGCUGUCUCCCACCUCGCGACACCUGGCCGUGGGUCUCGGCUCGCGUCGCUUCACCACGACGCCGCACGCCAGGAACAAUGUCUUCGCACAACUCUAUCGCCUCGAUCCACCCGAAAAUACUAGCAGGACCGGUCUUUCGCCGAUCAAGGAAUUGGAGCAGAACUGGGAGCACGGGUUUACCAGUCUCAACUGUCUCCGCUGGGCGCCGCAGCCGGGACAGGGUCUCGUCUACGCCAACAACACCGGCCAGCUCAUCAUCAUGAGCUAAGUGCACAACACAAACACAUCGCACACCAAAUUAACACCUAAAUCUUAUAAACAUACAAACGUCAAAUUACAUACACAGCU